AUGGAGGCGUUCAACCUGGGAGCGGGCUCCGAAAUCCCUGUGGAGACGCCUGCUGAGAAUGGUGAUAGCCCGUUCCCCGGAGGGAUUCAUGGCCGGAUCAAAGGUCUGAAACAAUGGCCUGGAGGAAUUGUUCGGAGUGCGAGUGGCUCUUCGAUCUCGAGCAGCAAGGGCAAGGGGAAGGCCUCGAACAAGAAAGGCAAAUCUGCUCGCACUGGGGGAGACUCCGAUGCCUCUCUAGAGGGCGAUGAUGAAAACAUGGCCGACGGAGCGGUAGAGGAUGAUGAGGAUGAUUAUCUCGUGCGAACAGACCAUCUCUCAAACCCGAUGGAAGAGGUGGAGUAG